CAUAAAAGCAGACAGUUGACUUCUCUGUUAACUUCAACAGACCUUGUGACAAUGGCUUGCAUUGUUGGAGGAUUUGGUGAGACAUUGACAGCCACUGAGGAAACCCAGAAGAUUUGUGACCAGGUGAAGCCUCAAGUGGAGGAAAGGACAAGCAAAAUAUAUGUGGAAUUCAGAGCAGUUAAAUACAGGCUUCAGAUUGUGGCUGGAGAAAACUUCCUCGUCAAGGUUCAUAUUGGAGGAGUGAACUACAUUCAUCUGUUUGUCUUCCGGGCGCUUCCGUGUAAUGGAGGAGGUGUUGAGCUGAGUGGUGUACAACAGCACAAAACCAAGGACGACCCCCUCGAACCUUUCAACAAUUAAAUACGUACAAGCUGCAGUCUCAUGUGAAAAUGUUCUGCUUCUUUAGACUGAAAUGAUUCUCCACAAAAUUUCUUUAUAAUGUAAAAAAAUGAUUUUGAAUGUAUUAACACUUAGAGGUCAAGAUAUUUGGUGUUUGGAAGGAGUUGAAUGCACCACUUUCUAAAGACAUAAUAAAGCA